AUGGCGACCAGUGAGAGGCGAUCAAAUCUCAGGUUGCUGAGGACGUCAUUGAUUCUGGACCAAGGCGACACACGCACGACUCGCCAUGGAGACUGUCUCAGACUGUGUACUUACAACGUGGUUGCUCUGCAGGAGACCAAGUGCAGAAGGAGCGACGUACGACAGAUGAAUGACGGUACACUCGUCAUUCGUGGAGAGGAAGUUCCGUCGCGAAAUGUAGGCGGUGUUGGUUUUGUUGUGCACCCAUCUGUCGUCCAUCUCGUCGAUUCUCACGAGAUCCUGUCAACUCGUCUUGCCAUUCUUCGCCUCCGCCCUCUGCGCCAAAAAUCCAUCAGUAUCAUCAACUGCUAUUCACCAACAUCAGCAGCUGAUGAUUCCGAAUUGGAAGCGUUUUACGAGGAGCUGGAGGAAGUAGUCCGCAACGAGAAGUCCUUUUACAAAUUCGUUGUCAGAGACUUCAACGCAAAACUAGAAAAGGCCACAGAAGAGGAAUACAGGAUUGGAAGAUUUGGACUAGGGGACCGGAAUGAAAAUGGCAAUCGUCUCCCCGGACUGUUGUCAGCCGCUCGCCUCUUUCAUAAGAACUCUCUUUUCAUGAGGAAAGAUCAUCGUCGGUGGACAUGGGAAUCGCCCAAUGGCGCGACUCGUGCGGAAAUCGACCACAUACUCACCAACCGAAGGUGGUGUCUACUUGACGUCUCAGUAGCACCAUCCUUUUGUAGUGGUUCUGAUCACCGUCUCCUUCGUGCGAAAAUACGACUCAGCCACACGAUGGAAAAGAACAUCUGCUAUCGGCAACGAAGGAGAAAAGAAGUCUACGACGAUUGCGUACUCAAGGACUCCUUGUCCCAAGGUGACUGGCACAUCGAAGAGGACCCAGACGUGGACUACGAGAUGCUGUUCAGAGGACUACGAGCCUGUGCUGAGCGUGACUCGAAGCCGCGCACGACAAACUGGGAUCGAAUUUCGAAGAUCACCAAGGAAUUGUUGGGAAGAAGAAGAGCUUUGAGGCUUGAUCUGAAUGCAUCGCACAUUGAGCGGUUAGUAGCAAAUACUAGCUGCAGAAAAGCGUUGCAGGAGGAUCUUUUCAAAUACAGGCGGAAGAAGAUUCUGGAAGCAGCACAAAGAAGAACGGCUCUAAAGAAGAGCCGCAGGGAUCUCCGCGAAUAUAAUAUUCCGCUAGCAGCCUUGCUGAGCGAAGACGGGACUUGCACGUCUUCUCGUCGAGAGAUGGAAAUCAUUACGGAGAGGUUCUACUCGAACCUUUUCCGUUCAUCAACUCCUGUGUCAAGCCUGAUCAUCCCCACUGGUGAAGCUCCACCACGGAUUCUCCCUUCGGAAGUACGAGUCGCUAUCAAGAGCAUGAAGCCUGGCACAGCCCCCGGACCUGAUUUUAUAUCAGCAGACUUUCUUCGGGCUGGUGGCCAUUCGCAUCAUGUAAUCUUAGCAGCGCACAUGACAUCCCACCUUCAGAAAGAAAUCAUCCCAGACCAGUGGAAAACCUCGCGAACCGUUGUUAUCCAUAAGAAAGGUGACCGAGAGGAUCUUCGGAACUACCGUCCGAUAUGCUUGUUGAGCGUGUUAUACGAAGUAUUCACCAAGAUCAUCCUCACGCACAUAUCUAGGACGUUGGAUGAAGCCCAGCCUCAAGAACAAACUGGAUUCCGCCAAGGGUUCAGCUGCUUGGACCACAUCCAGACCGUGUCGAGGAUCAUAGAGGUUUGCCGGGAAUACCGCCUGCUCCUUGUUCUAACCUUCGUCGACUAUGAGAAAGCCUUUGACAGCGUAGAAACGAAUGCAAUACUGUCAGCGCUUGUCGAUGAAGGUGUGGACGCGUCGUAUGUGAGGACAUUAGCCAAUUGUUACGAUCGAUGCACGACUAGGAUACAGCUUUUCCACCGCCCUCUCACCAUACCCAUUGGAAAGGGGGCACGACAAGGCGAUAUUAUAUCGCCGAAGCUGUUCACGGCUGCAUUGCAAUGGAUAAUGAAAUCAUUUUCCUGGGAAGGAAGGGGCAUACGUGUUGAUGGAAGAUUUCUCUCGAACCUUCGUUUCGCGGACGACAUCUUUCUCUUUUUGAGCAGUACCAAUGAAGCAGAAACGAGCGUUGACGAGGUCCUUGAGCCGUAUCCAGCUGAGAGCUCAAGGACCUCGUCAACUUCACUCACAAAACUUGAGAACAUCUUGGAUGAGAAUGGCGAGGGAACGAAACGAGUGGAAGAAUUGCUGGGGCCCGCACGUCCAGUGAAGACGGGCCAUCUAAGUAUGCUAAUGGAAGCUCGAAACGUAACGGACCCAAUUUCUGGCAAACCCCUCUACAUAAGAGCUGGUAUUCAUACAGGUCCCGUUGUCGCUGGAGUGGUUGGAGCCAAAAUGCCAAGGGAAGCUGCGGACGAACUGACGGACCAAGAUCUCCGUGCCCAUCUGUUUGACUCGACAGUUCCGUCAGCGCUCUGUUACGCAGUGGAGAUGGGUAGACACCGCUGCCAAGUGGAGGAAACUACUCACUACCCACAGAGCCCUUGA